AAUAUUAGCCGUGACUUCGUGUGGAUGUGCAACUUCAAUUUUCCAUUCAAAAAUAAUUAAAGUUUUGAGUUUAUUUUGUGUGUGUCUCACCGUCCGAAAUAAUCGUUUUUUUGUCGUCAGUUUUUUUUUUCGUUUCUCUCACGAAUCUCUCGGUUCAUAUACAUAUAUAUGAAACAUUUUGUUUGUACGAGCACAAAUUAUUUACGAUUGAGACAAUUUUGAAUGAUUUUUUCCUGUUUUUAAGUUAAUUGUUGGUGUAUGUCGCACUCAUUUUGAUUUCAACAUCUUUUUUUUCAAAAAAAAAAACAACUAAUGAACUCAUGUUGUGUGCUGAAAAACUAGCAUAGUUUUUAUUUCAUUCUGUUUGACAUCAUUUUGAGGCGUUCUUUUUUUUCAACAAACAUCUCGUGCAAGUAUACAGUCAAUUAUCGAACGCAUUAAUUUUUCGCAAUAAAUCUCAAAACACACAUCGAGAAGAAGAAAACUAUAGUGCUGACGGUUAUUUUUGCAAAACUCGGAUGACUUCAAUCGGCUACUUAAUGUGACGAUAAUUAUUCACAACACAAAAUAACAUAAUUAACACAAAAUAUCAAAUCAAAUCGUUUUUUUUUUGUAUUAAAAACGUGCUUGUGAAUGUGAGCAUUUAUACACGAUAUAUUUAAAUCGUAAACUCAAUUUCCGUUCGACGUUUGGCGGAUACCAAGAUAAAAAAAGGGAAAAGACACACACUCGAACCGAGAGAGUGAGAGGAAAGGCGCAUUAAUAAAGUGAAGAAGGCAAAACAAUUGAGAGAAAUUAAAAAUUAAAGCGGCAUAAUGGCUGAAAAUAAGAGUGGCAAAAAAGAAUUUUUAUCAUGUCGACAAGUGCUGAAUAUUAUGGUCAUUUUGGGAUUCAUGUUAAAUUAUGCGCUACGUGUAAAUUUGACAAUUGCCAUUGUGGCAAUGGUUGAGGAACCAACCGGCACCAAAUCAGCUACAACCAAUUUAACAGUGCCACACACCAAAAACGAUACGUACACAUAUAAAAUUCAUGCCCCACAUGAAGAGCUCACCUCAGCCUCACACACACUACUCUCAGCAGCAGCAGCAGAACCAUUCCAAAAUAUAACUGAUAUACCAAAAACCGCAAAAGCUAGUGAUUCUUCAUACAAAUUCAAAUGGAAUUCCGUAGAACAAAAUAUUAUUUUGGGCAGUUUCUUUUGGGGCUAUAUCCUGACCGAAUUGCCCGGUGGACGUUUGGCUGAACUGAUUGGAGGCCAUCGAGUCUUCGGCCAUAGUAUGCUUUGGGCUAGUGUUCUCACCCUAAUCACACCAUGCGCUGCAUUCUUGGAUUACAAGGCACUGGUAUCCGUUCGUUCAUUGCUCGGUCUAAUGCUGGGAGCCUCGUGGCCAGCGAUACAUCCAAUGACUGCAGUGUGGAUUCCGCCAGUUGAUCGUUCCAAAUUCAUGGCCAACAUGAUGGCAUCAUCGCUAGGAGCGGCUGUAGCUAUGCCAAUUUGUGGAUUUCUAAUCGAGUACAUUAACUGGCAAUCAACAUUCUACUUCACGGGUGGCGUUGGGCUGAUAUGGUCAAUUUUAUGGUUCUGGAUAGUUUUUGAAACGCCAGCCACUCAUCCACGCAUUUCACCCGAGGAGCGAAAAGAAAUCGAAGAUGCAAUUGGAAAUACGACAUCGAAAAAGAAGCCAAGCUAUGUGCCAUGGCAGAAGAUUCUCACGUCUCCAUGCGUCUGGGCAAUCAUUUUAACUCACGGAACAUCAGUAUUUGGAUACUUUACAAUCGUAAAUCAAUUACCAACAUACAUGAAAUACAUCCUACACUACGAUAUUAAAUCGAAUGGAUUGUUGUCAUCGCUGCCUUAUUUAGGUAAAUACGUAAUGGCUGUGUUAGCAUCGGCGUUGGCUGAUCAUUUGCGUCGAACGGGCGCAUUGACAACAACACAAACACGAAAGAUAUUUACAACUUUCGCCACAAUGACGCCUGGCUUAUUGAUGAUCGUUCAAAUAUUUUUGGGCUACGAUCGAACCUGGUCUGUGAUAAUUUUCACCACGCAACUAUUUCUCAACGGAGCUGUGACAGCCGGUUAUUUAGGAAACGGUUUGGAUAUUGCACCGAAUUUUUCGGGAACCAUUUUUGGGCUUGCAAACACAUUGUCGUCGAUUGGCGGUUGGCUGUCGACGUUUAUGGUUGGCACACUUACUGCUGAAAAUCAAACGUACCAUCAAUGGCAAAUCGUGUUCGGAAUUCUGGCUGGCUCAUACAUUUUUGGUUCAUUGGCAUUCUUAUUCAUGGGAAGCGGUGAAUUGCAGCCAUGGAAUUCGCCACCAGAAAGACACAAUCGACAAGUUCAAGACGCCGAAGAAGCUCUCCCAUUGAAAAAAGACAAUGUCAUUCAUGUCAACUAAUAUCAGUCUCCGCAGAAAAUAACAAAAAAAGAAGAAAAUAAGAACAAGACAAUGUGGAUCUAACAAAGACAAAAAGGUCAAGGAUGCUUUUUUUUACCAAAAUGUGUGUAAUUUUAUUUUGAGUUCUUCAGUCGCGCAUUCUUUUAUUCAAAAAGUUUAAUUUUACCGGUAAAAUUGACAAAGUUAUUU